CCCAACAGGUUAGCUGCUAGCUAGUCUAGGAUCCACCCGGAAUUUCGCAGGAAGGGGGAGGAGGGAGGAGGAAGACUGCCAGAGGGGGUAGAGCCUUACUAGAGGACAGAAGGAGGGAGGGAAAGAGAGAUAGGAGCGAGCGAGCGAGCGAGAGGGAGCGCUGCGCCGUUUUAAAAGGACUUACACUUCCUAAUGAAUAUUUAUCCGCCGCUGCUACCUGCUCCCAGCUUCCCUUACCUUUCAUCAGGUCAGUCCAUGGUAUUCCGCUCCCCCCUAGACCUCUAUUCCUCCCACUUCUUGUUGCCAAACUUCGCCGCCGAUUCUCACCAGUGCGCCCUACUUCUGGCGAGUAGCGGCCGCGGGAGCGCUGCGGGCGGAGGCGCAGGAGGCGCAGGCGGCGGCGGCGGCGGCGGGAACCGUGCGGGCAGCGGCGGUGCUGGCGGAGGCGCAGGCGGCGGAGGCGGCGGCGGCGGCGGCGGCGGCGGUGGUGGUGGUGGCGGCGGCGGCGGCGGCGGUGGCUCCAGGGCCCCCCCGGAAGAGUUGUCCAUGUUCCAGCUGCCCACCCUCAACUUCUCGCCGGAGCAGGUGGCCAGCGUCUGCGAGACGCUGGAGGAGACGGGCGACAUCGAGCGGCUGGGCCGCUUCCUCUGGUCACUGCCCGUGGCCCCCGGCGCCUGCGAGGCCAUCAACAAGCACGAGUCCAUCCUGCGCGCGCGCGCCGUGGUCGCCUUCCACACGGGCAACUUCCGCGACCUGUACCACAUCCUGGAGAACCACAAGUUCACCAAGGAGUCCCACGGCAAGCUGCAGGCCAUGUGGCUCGAGGCGCACUACCAGGAGGCGGAGAAGCUGCGCGGCCGCCCGCUCGGCCCCGUGGACAAGUACCGCGUGCGCAAGAAGUUCCCGCUGCCGCGCACCAUCUGGGACGGCGAGCAGAAGACGCAUUGCUUCAAGGAGCGGACUCGGAGCCUGCUGCGGGAGUGGUACCUGCAGGACCCCUACCCCAACCCCAGCAAGAAACGCGAACUGGCGCAGGCCACCGGCCUCACCCCCACACAAGUAGGCAACUGGUUUAAGAACCGGAGGCAGCGCGAUCGCGCCGCGGCGGCCAAGAACAGGCUCCAACAUCAGGCCAUCGGACCGAGCGGCAUGCGCUCGCUGGCCGAGCCCGGCUGCCCCACGCACGGCUCGGCAGAAUCGCCGUCCACGGCGGCCAGCCCCACCACCAGUGUGUCCAGCCUGACGGAGCGCGCGGACACCGGCACCUCCAUCCUCUCGGUAACCUCCAGCGACUCGGAAUGUGAUGUAUGAUAGCCAAGGCCGUCCUCUCCUCCUCCCCUCUCCAUCCCCCUCCCUCUUUUUCUCUUCUCUCUCCCCCCCCCCCCACUUCUCCCAAGCCCUCCUCCUCCUCCUCCUCUUCCUCCUCUUCUUCUCCAUCCCUAGAACAAACCGAAAUCAGGAUACACAACCAUACACACACACACACACACACACACACACACACACACACACACAGUCCAUACACACUUCCCCACCCCAGCCAAAAGAAAGAAAGAAAAAAAACAAACAAACAACAUUUAAAUAAUUUAAAACCAAGAAAAAUAAAUUAACCGCAAAUCAUCAACAACUCCCCCCGCCCCUUUCCCACCACCAUCUACCACCAAGGCCACCCCCAAAGGACCGCCAAGCCAACAGACAGUCUCAAACGCUGAUACUGCGGGGCAGCAAAACAUAAAAGAGGUGACAAUUGUAUACUUUCUAGGACAAGCACGGCUCUUCCGUUUGGUCCCCACGGACCCGGCACCCCAACUGCAUGACGAUUUAUUUGUAUCUGGGAAAAUAUUCUCUCUAGUUUAAAAUGAUUUAAAGAAUCGACUACGUUAAAAAAAUAAAAACAAAACAAAUAAAACAGAACAGCCUCCACCACCACCGUCACGACAAGAGGACAAAAGCAAAACAGACAAAAAGAAAAAAAAAAAAACCCGCCAUCUCCAUUCCGAAUUUGUUUUAAAAAAAAAAAGAAAAGAAAAAGAAAGAAAGAAAAAGAACUCGAGAGAGAAAUGGCAAACGUUCCUCACCUUUUGUUGCGCUCUCUCUCUCUCUCUCUCUCUUUUUCCUCUCUCGCUCUCUCUGUUUUUAAGUCCAAGUAUUGGUCAAGCAAGAUGCAAUUUUCUGUUUUUUGUUCAGCAGACAAUCAUGUUCUUCGAAAGCACCUUUUUCUCUUCACUCUGUCACUACCUGUGUGGGUACUGGUUAUAAAUGUGGAAAAAGAAUAGUUAUGACUGUAACAGAUUUUUAUUUUUAUUUCAAAAUUUUAUAUGAAUUAUGUAUAUCUUAAUGAUCGGUCAUUUUCCCAGUUUGUAAUAUAUGUGUAGAAAUUGCCUGUAUAUGAUAUUGCUUUUUCUCCUCUUCCCCCAUUCUUUCUCUUCUCUCUCCUUCCUCCCUCCUACCCUCCCUUCCCGUUCCGCUUUUUCCUUUCUGGGGUUCCUCCUUCCACCCGGUGUUCCUGGCCUUGACGACUGGCAGUCCAGGCCUGGAGAAGCGGCCAGGGUUCGGACCCGGGGACCCCCGUGGCUAGCGAAAGCAGAGAGUGAGACCGUAGUAUUCUUAUGCAAAAGCUAUUCAAGUAUUUCUUAGCCGCAUUGGAGGUAUCACUCACUCCCUGUAGGGCGCUUUUACUGUUAUCUUAACUGCGUGUUUAUCUAUAUGUAAAAACUUUCUAAAGCAAAUACAAUAUUCUCCAUUUUCUUAUCA